UUGUCGACGUCAAACCCCCCUUCCUUGUCUUGCAACUGCGGCGACACAAUUCAAGAAGCGCGCAAGAACGGCUGCGUCUACGACUCCCUCGCUGCAGCAUGGCUCCCGCCACACUGCCGCUCACCCAAGCUCACGGCGGAGUUCGAGUCCCUUGGUCCAAACGAACCGGACGCGACGGGCAACACUUGGGGAUACUGGCACGACCAGAACCAGACACACCCCAUGACCCUCGCCGAGGUCAGCCAGCUGCCCGAGGCGGCGAGACGCGGACAACACGCUCGCUUCUUCACCACGCACGAAUGGCACCUCGUCCACUGCGUAUUCUACUGGCGCAAGAUGUGGGAGGCGGCGCGGUGCGCGAGGGAGGAGACGGGAGCUGCGUGCGGGAAGGACGGGGUGUUGGUGAUUGAGAAGCGGUAUGAUACGCUCAUGCACAUCAAUCAUUGCAUGACGAUGAUGCUGAUGCGGGAUCCUCUGGAUGCCAUUGCUGCCGAGGCCGGUGUUGCGCUGCAUUCUGACGAGUUGCAUGUCGCUAAGCCUCACAAGCACCACGAGCAACAGAAGCAUAAUGGCGAGAGUACUCACCAUGGAACGUCAAGUGGAGAUGAGGAAUCGAAAGAUCCAUAUGACAAGACGGGCAAGGAUUCUACACAGGGCAAAGAUCCUUACGACGACUGA